GAAGAGAACAACGUUGACACCAACCAAAGCAGCUAAAUAAACCAAUUGGACAAUGGACAAACCAGUAAAGUACGCACAGAGUAUACAGCACAACACUAAGACUUUACAAUAUGUCCAUGAUUUCACAUCCUUGAUCUUUGGCAUAUCGGCCGGAAUACUUCAGUUGGAAUCCUUGAAUGGGUUUCUAUUCCUGUUUAUAUCCUUCGCACUUGUUUCUUCUCUAUUCACAAUAUCACACUGCCAAUUACAACCUUCCAGGUAUUUUGAAUCGCCGUUGAAAUCGUUGUACGUUGACGAUCUUGCUCGUUACCUGACGGCUUUCCUAAUGAGCUGGACCUUGGCCUACGCUCUGGUACAAUCAUGAUAUGCCAUUACUAUCGUUAUUUAGUGCGAUAUACAUCGUUCAACAAUGUAUAAAUCAUUUCCUCUUGGCCAUUUUGGCCCUUGCAGUAUCCAUGCGCUUAUUCAUUCUUUUUCUCU